UUGGGUGCGGCAAGUAUUUAUCGACAGAGCAGUGGACGGCGAUUUUCACAACCUUUUCGCCAAGCUCCGAGUUGGUGACGCUGCGAUGUUUCACAACUUCAUGCGCAUGUCGCCCCAGCAUUUCCGCUUCCUUGAAAACCUAGUGAGACCACUCAUCGAGGUUCGGAGCACGCAUCUGCGGCCAUCGAUUUCCUCGGCGGAGCGUCUUGCAAUAACUAUAAGGUUCCUAGCCACUGGAAACAGCUACCAGUCUCUGUCUUACAGCUUCAGGGUCGGAAAAUCGACAGUUUCGACACUUGUUCCGAAGGUGUGCCAGGCGUUAUGGACCGUUCUUCAGCCUAGAUUUUUGAAACCACUAAAUGAGCAAAGCAUAAAGGCUAUUGCCGAAGAAUUUUGCUGGAAGUGGAACUUUCCGAACUGCGCGGGAGCAAUUGACGGCAAACAUAUUCACUUAGAUGCGCCUCCGAACUCUGGUUCCUUGUACUUCAAUUAUAAGCAAGGCUUUAGCGUCAACUUGAUGGCGUCCUGUGACGCCAGUUACAAGUUCACUUCUGUUUAUAUAGGAUGCUACGGACGUGAAAGUGAUGGUGGUGUAUUUGCGGCGUCAGAGCUGGGGAAGUUUGUAGGUAAUGGACACCAGAAUUUGCCCGCCCCUUGUGCACUUCCAAAUGGAGGCCCAGUGCUCCCUUAUGUGUUUGUGGCCGAUGACGCCUUCCCUCUCAAGACAAAUCUGAUGAAGCCAUACCCUGGCAUGCAAGUGGCCAACAGUGCAAAACGGAUUUACAACUACAGGCUCUCAAGAGCUCGUAGGUGCAUUGAGAAUGCUUUCGGCGUUAUGUGUGCGCGCUGGAGGGUGUUGAGGAAUCGAAUGAGCCUCUUACCAGACAAUGCCGUCCUAGCAGUAGCUGCCUGCUGUUGCCUGCACAAUUUCCUAAUGCAGGAGGGAAGACAGGCUGGUGGCUACUGUCCUCCGCAGUUCGCAGACACCAACGGAAGCUCAGGAGAGCUUAUUUCAGGUGACUGGAGGAAUUCCACCCCACCACUCCCCCAGGCGUGCCGGCAAGGUUCUAAUACCUACUCGAGGAAUGCAGCAGACGUGCGCGACAGCUUUGCCAGCUACUUCCAUGGACGUGGCGCCGUGCCAUGGCAGUUUACUUGA